CUGCUGCAGAAAUGCACCAACCUGGGGAAGGAGAAUGGUGACUUGAAGAGGAAUACCACCGACCUAGAGAUGGAGAUUAUCGACUUGGAGGUGAGAAAUGCUACCCUGAAGAUGGAGUACGAAAACCUGGAGCAGAAAUGGAUUACCGUAAAAGAGAAAAACACCACCCUGGAGCUGGAAAUCACUGCUCUGGAGCAGAAGAAGACCGCCCUGGAACAGAGAAGCACUGCCUUGGAGCUGACAAACGCUGCCCUGGAGCAGGAGAAGACUGGCCUGGAACAGAAAAGCACCAUCUUGGAGCAAAUAAAGACCGCCUUGGAGAUGACAAAUGCCGCUCUGGAGCAGGAUAAUGCCGCUCUGGAGCAGAGAAGCACCGCCUCGGAGGAGAGAAGUAUCGCCCUUGAGCGGAACAUUACCACCCUGGAGGGGAACAUCACCACCCUGGAGGGGAACAUCACCACCCUGGAGGGGAACAUCACCACCCUGGAGGGAAACAACACCCUCUUGGAGCAGUUGCACACCAAACUGGAGGAGGAAAACAACUCCCUGAGUCUGCUUCCAYUCCCUCCACUCACACCUGCUCAUCAGCCCAGGUCCUGCACAGUGGUGCACUUGGUAGCACUGUUGCCUUCCAGCAAGAAGGUCCUGGCUUCAAUUCCCAGCCCCUGGUCUUUCUGCAUGGAGUUUACAUGUUCUCCCWRWRCAUGCGUGGGUUCUCUCCGGGUACUCCGGCUUCCUCCCAAAGUCCAAAAGAAUGACUGUUGA